UUACUAGACGCAAGAGCCAAGUAGACGGCAAAUGUGAUUGUUGACUUUCCCGCGUUCUUGGCGGCACGUGGCGCUUUCAUAUUUAUAUGCAAUUUCACUAGUCUUGACCUGCGUGUGUUAAGGAAACUCCAAUAAAUGUCUGCCUGGGUGCCUCCCGACGGCACCUGGGCAGUUCCGCGUGAGGCUGUCGCGGUGCUCGCCGCGACGGAGGCGGAGGCCACACCCUACGGCCGCAUUUUUGCUCCUGUGUCUCCAGCUCUCCUUGCUCCAAAAUGCCAGCUAGGUCCAGAAAACCUGUCGCGGUCCCAUCCGCUGGGCAAGCUCUCUCUGCCGCUGUUCAGCUCCUACCCGCUCGCGGCUGCCAACACGGAUGACACUAACGCAGCCGCUACACCGUUCGUGGUGGACGCGGCGUCGUUUGCGGGCGGCCCGGUGUGGAACGCGGACUUUCGGCCACCGUCGCGCGGCGUACCCGCGGCCGCGCUGGCACCGCGCGGCCCUGCCCCUGCAGCAGCUGGCGCGCCUGCGGCAGCAGCACCAUCGGCAGCAACAGCAGCAGGCGGGGUCGGGCCGUCCCCUAGCGGCGUCAGGGCGGGUGCGGCUGCUGGCCAGUCCCCCCUGCCGGCGGCGGCGGCGCACGAGUGGGCGGCUGUGUCGGUGCACCCCGCCGGCCGCGCCGCCAACACCGUCAACACGGUGGUGGCGGGCCCGGGGGCGGUGCAGCUGUGGGCGAUGCCGCACGCCGCAGCCUCCGACCUGUGCCCCCAGGGCCUGCCCCGCUGUGUGGCCCAGCUGGCGCACGACGGCGCCGUGUGCUGGGACCUCAAGUGGUGCCCCGCCCCCGGAUGCAUAUGGGGGCCAGCAGCACGCGCCGCCGCCGCCGCCGCCGCCUCCUCCUCGGCCGCUGCCCCUGCAGCCUCCCCCUCCUCCUCCUCCUCCCUGCCGGUGCUGGGGCUGCUGGCCAUGGUGCUGGGCGACGGCAGUGUGGUGGUGGCGGCGGUGCCGGACCCCACCGCCCUUAUGGACCCCGCCGCCCUGAUGCAGCCGCAGCAGCUGCACGGCGGCAGUAGCAGUGGCGGUGGCAGUGGAGGUGGCAGUAGCGGUGGCGGAGGUGGGGCUGGGGCGGCGGUAGCAGCAGGAGCAGAGCUACAGGCGGCGGGUGGAGCGGCGGCGGGGGGGAUGGAUGAGGGGGCGGCGGGGGCCAUCGUGCCCGUGCCAACGCCCGCCGCCACAGCAGACGCAGCCAACGGCGACGGCGCGCGGCAGCCCGUGGGGCCGGCGGCGACUGGGGAGGGCGGGGAGGGUGGAGAUGCUGGUGAGGGCGACGAGCUGGAGCAGCUGUCCGCCACUGCGCCGCCCUCGCCGCCGGCGCUGCUGCGGCUGCUGCGGCCGGCGGUGGUGCUGCGCGCGCGCGAGCACUUGGGCGGCGCCAUGCCCUCCUGCUGCGACUGGCACCUGCCAGACCCCCGCGGGGGCACGGGGCGCGGGCGGCGCGCCCGGAGCGCCCUCGCCGCCCGCGCUGCUGCUGGGGUGCUGGGACGGCAGUGUGGCGCUGUGGCGGCUGCCGCGGGCGGAGGCGCUGGAGCGGCAGCAGCUGCUGUUCCACGUCCAGGCCGACCACCCUCUGGCGCUGAGGGCGGUGGUGUCCAACCCCGUGUGGGACAGCGACUGGCUGGCGGCGGGAGGGGCGGGAGGGACUGGGGGCGGCGGCGGGAGGGACUGGGGCGGCGGCGGCAGGGCGAGGCCCGGAUCUGGGACGACAGGGACAUGGGCAGUGGGCCGGUGGUAGAUCGCGUCAUCCACCGCUCCUACAUCCAGGGCGCUGCCUGGACGCGGCGCCCGGCCGGCAUGGCAGUGGCUGCGGAGGACGGCUGCCUGCGCCUGCUGCUGCUGGAGCCGGGCCCGGUGCUGGGGGCAGACGACGGCGGCGGCGGGCUGGGCGUGGCGGCGUACGGGCCGCAGCAGCGGAGGGGCGCGCCGGGGCAGAGGGGGGCGCAGGCGGAGAACGGGGUGGUGGGCGCGCUGUGGUCGCUGUGCUACUCGCCCGCGCUGCACGUGUUGCUGUACGGCGGCUGCGACGGGCUGGUGGGGGCGGCGGCGUGGGAGUUCCCCACCGACACGCGGUACCGGCGGCCGCACGUGCCGCUGGUGGGGCUGGCCAGGGACGGCCCGCGGCUGCGGCUGCUGGGGCCGGCGGAUCUGCGCGGGCUGCAGUCCUUCUACGCGGGCGGCAACAACUUUAAGAAGGACACGCACAGGGACAGGCCCGGCUCCCGCGGCGCCGCCGCCCUGCCGCAGCGGCCGCCCGACAUCAUCCCCGACGCCGCCGCAGCCGUGUACACCGUGCGGGCCGGCUUCGGGGCGGCGGCGGGGGUCGCCUGCGGGGCAGUGCCGCAGCCGGAGGCGGAGGCGGGGGACGCAGGCGGCGCAGGCGAGGGCGCAGGCGGUGGCGCAGGUGCCGGCGUGGCCAACCCUGCAGCGGCGGCGGCGCGGCGGCGGCAGCAGGAGGCGUGGCUGGCCCGCAAGGCCGCGGGGCCGCCGCCGGGGGGGUCCGCGGCUCCGGGCUGGGGUGUGGGCCCUGCCGGAGCGCCUGUGCCGCCCGGCUACACCGCCAACGGCAAGAAGCGGGGCAGGCCGCCCAAGCCGCGGCCUCGGGGCGCACCACCCGCCCGCCAGCGGAAGGGCGGGGCCGGCAAGGCCGCCGCGGCGGCCAAGGGCGAGCAGGCUGAGGAGGGCGAGGAGGCGGAGGAGGAGGAGCAGGAGGCGGAGGCGGCUGACGGCGAGCCGGCGGCGAAGCGGCGGGCGGCCCCGGGCAAGAAGCAGCAGGCAGAGGCGGCAGCAGCGGCAGUAGCAGCGGCAGUAGCAGAGGCGGCAGCAGGCGGGGGCCGGACGGAGCGGGCAGCUAAGGCGCAGGCGCGGGCUCGGAGCCAGGCACAGGCGGCGCAGGAGCAGGCGGGCAAGGACGAGGGGAAGGCAAAGGCGAGAGCGAAGGGCAAGGGGAAGGGCAACAAGGGUGGCAGUGACGACGACGAUGACGACGGCGCGGACUCGGACUUUGAGGCCAAGGAGCAGGGCGGCAGCGGCAGCAGCAGUGGCGGGGACGAUGAUGAUGAUGGGGUGGUGGUCUCGGAGGAGGAGGAGCCGGAGCCAGAGGAGGAGCCGGAGGCGAGCGAGGAGGAGGAGGAGGCAGCGGGUGGCAGAGGCCGGGGGGGCAGGGGCAGGGGGAGGGGUCAGGGGCGCGGCCGCGGCCGCGGUGCCGUCGACCCCGCCUCCACUCCCGGUGAGGCCACGGCGUCUGCGAUGGGGCGGAAAAAGGGGGCGGGGCCGGAGGCAGCAGCGGCGGCCGCCGCCAUCAGUGGCGGCGAGGAGUCGGAUGAGGGCGGCGGCACUGGCAUCGGCACUGGCGCGGGCGGCGGCCGGGAGCCGCGGAAGCGCGGCGAGUACGGCCCUCGCGGCGGCGGCGGCUCGGCGGCGGGCGGCUCGAGCCAGGAGUACGUGCCGGGGGAGCUGGAGGGGCCCAGCGAGGGCGUGGUGGGCGGCAGCGGCAGUGCGGGCGACCCGGUGUGGGUGCUGGUGGGCUGGCGCUGCGGCGUCAUGCGCUGCCUGCGGCUCAGCCUGUAGGGGGUGGGGGGCGGGGCGGGGGGCGGGGGUGGCGGUGUAUCAACUGUGGGGCCGUGGCGUGUGAUGUGGUGGUGAGGGGGGGGGCACUGGUGGUGAGGGGGGGGGGGUGGCGGCAAGGGCCUCGACUAGACUAGCAGGUGUGUGCAUGGGUUGGCAAGGCUCGUGUGGGUGUGGCUUGGGACUUGGUGCGGGCUGCACACCUACACCACACGCAGCAGGAUGGUGGGGAUGCGGGGGAGCGGAGAGUUUGCAGUCGUCGUGUGUGGCGUUGAACUGAACUGCAUACGACAAGAGCUUACCGCGCUUGCGCGCCUUUUUGUUCUAUGGACGGCGGGUGCGCUGCAACGGGCCCCUGGGGGGAUGGAGCUUGCGCUUGGCAGUAAGGCUGCGUAACUUGCACUUGCAGAGUGAUGCGAGGUGGCGUGUUUUGCGACGUCUUGGAUCGCCCGUCGCAUCCAGCUCCUGGAAAGCGCCAACGUGAAAGAGUGGAAGUGCCAGGCAGUAGACCAUCAGGUUACAAGAUGUAGCCGGCAUAGCUGCAUAGCCUUUCAUCGCGGCUUAAACGCGAGUUGCUGCGACGACGUUGCGAGCCGAACAAGCUCGCAUCUUUUAGAGGUCUAGCCGCUACGUGCCCGGCAGCGGGUCACCAGACGCUCCCACUCCAGCGACAAAACAUAGUAUUGUUAGCUUCGGGGUUAACUUGUCUGGCCAGGAACCUCACUGCAAGGUGAACCCGGGGCCGGCGCAACCGCCCCACCAACCUCCUGUAACUGGACGGUGUC